AUGCCUUCCGCCGAGACAAAACCGAAGACCUUGUACGACAAGGUCUUCGAUGCCCACGUUGUCAAUGAGCAGGAGGACGGCACGGUCUUGCUGUAUAUUGACCGCCACCUUGUCCACGAGGUGACUUCGCCUCAAGCCUUCGAAGGUCUCAAGAAUGCUAGCCGCAAGGUCCGCCGGCCGGACUGCACCCUGGUCACUGUCGAUCACAACAUCCCCACAUCGUCGCGGAAAAACUUCAAGAACGCCGAGGAAUUCAUUAAGGAGAACGACUCGCGCCUGCAGUGCACAACCCUCGAGGAGAAUGUCAAGGACUUUGGCCUCACCUACUUUGGCAUGGGCGACAAGCGCCAAGGUAUUGUCCACAUUAUCGGCCCCGAGCAGGGCUUCACUCUGCCCGGAACGACCGUCGUCUGCGGUGACAGCCACACCUCCACUCACGGUGCCUUUGGAUCUCUUGCAUUCGGUAUCGGAACCAGUGAGGUCGAGCACGUCCUCGCAACCCAGACCCUCAUCACUCGGCGCAGCAAGAACAUGCGUAUUCAGGUUGACGGGGAGCUGCCCGCGGGCGUUACCAGCAAGGACGUUGUCCUGCACAUUAUUGGUGUCAUUGGCACCGCGGGUGGCACGGGUGCUGUGAUCGAGUUCUGCGGAUCCGUCAUUCGUGGUCUAAGCAUGGAGGCGCGUAUGUCCAUGUGCAACAUGUCCAUCGAAGCCGGUGCACGUGCAGGCAUGAUUGCACCGGACGAGACGACGUUCGAAUACCUCAAGGGCCGCCCCCUCGCCCCCAAAUAUGGCAGCGCUGAAUGGAAGAAGGCCACCAACUACUGGUCGGGCCUGAAGUCCGACGCCGACGCCGCGUACGACAUCAACGUCUUCCUGGACGGAAAGGACAUUACCCCCACCAUCUCCUGGGGUACCUCUCCGCAGGAUGUGAUUCCGAUCAGCGGUGUUGUUCCCGGCCCCGAUGACUUCGAGGAUGAGAACCGCAAGACUUCCUGCAAGCGGGCUCUCGAGUACAUGGGUCUCACGGCGGGUACCCCGAUGAAGGAGAUCCCCGUGGAUAAGGUCUUCAUUGGAUCGUGUACCAACGCUAGAAUUGAGGAUCUCCGGGCCGCGGCCAAGGUUGUCAACGGCCGCAAGAUCGCCGACAACAUCAAGCGCGCUAUGAUCGUGCCUGGAUCGGGUUUGGUCAAGCAGCAGGCCGAGUCCGAGGGCCUUGACAAGAUAUUUACUGAUGCUGGGUUUGAAUGGCGUGAGGCUGGGUGCUCCAUGUGUCUAGGCAUGAACCCGGAUAUCCUGUCGCCCAAGGAGCGCUGUGCCAGUACCUCCAACCGGAACUUCGAGGGACGCCAGGGUGCUCAGGGCCGCACCCACCUCAUGUCGCCCGCCAUGGCAGCCACCGCUGCGAUUGUCGGCAAGCUCGCCGACGUUCGUGAGCACGUCGUUCCCAGCCCUGUCCUCGCCAAGGCGCAGCCCAAGGUGGAUGUCGAGCCGGAGGUCGAGUCUCCCGCGACCGAGGAUGAGCUUGACCGGGUCCUGGACCUGCCCGCCGAUGACGAGCCGCACACCAAUUCGUCCGCCGGUGGCAGCAGCGAAGGACUCCCGAAGUUCACCACCCUGAAGGGUAUCGCGGCACCCCUGGACCGCGCUAACGUCGACACCGACGCCAUCAUCCCCAAGCAAUUCCUCAAGACCAUUAAGCGUACGGGCCUAGGCUCGGCCUGUUUCUUUGAGCUCCGCUACACAGACGGCCAAGAAAAUCCUGAUUUCGUGCUGAACCAGGGCAUCUACCGCGAUUCCAAGAUCCUGGUCGUUACGGGUCCCAACUUCGGGUGCGGUAGCUCGCGUGAGCACGCGCCAUGGGCUCUGCUCGACUUCGGUAUCAAGUGUAUCAUCGCGCCGUCCUUCGCCGACAUCUUCUUCAACAACACCUUCAAGAACGGCAUGCUUCCCGUCGUGGUCUCGGACGAGGCCGCUCUGCAGAAGAUCGCCACCGAGGCCCGCGCCGGCCGCGAGGUCGAGGUCGAUCUCGUCAGCCAGGAGGUCAAGGAUGCCGAGGGCAACAAGAUCGUCGGCUUUGACGUCGACGGUUUCCGCAAGCACUGCCUCGUCAACGGCCUCGAUGAUAUCGGCCUCACCCUCCAGAUGGAGUCGAAGAUCCGCACCUUUGAGGCUAAGCGGAGCCUGGAAACCCCUUGGCUGGAUGGCAGCGGCUACCUGAGCCGGGGCCAGCGCGGCGCCACUAGAGUCGAUGCGGCCCCUGUCCCCAAGACCAACCGGGGUGACGUGAAGAAUGAACCCCUCGAGUGGUAA